GCGCAGAGCGAGCGCCCGUAGCCUCCCCGCCCCUCCCGCAACGCUCGACCCCGGGGUCCCCCCAGCUUGCCUGCCCGCCAUGGCCGACAAGGAAGCAGCCUUUGAUGACGCAGUAGAAGAACGUGUGAUCAACGAAGAGUACAAAAUAUGGAAAAAGAACACCCCUUUUCUUUACGAUUUGGUGAUGACCCAUGCUCUGGAGUGGCCUAGCCUAACUGCACAGUGGCUUCCAGAUGUAACCAGACCGGAAGGGAAAGACUUCAGCAUUCAUCGACUUGUCCUGGGAACACACACGUCAGAUGAACAAAACCAUCUCGUGAUAGCCAGUGUGCAGCUCCCUAACGAUGAUGCUCAGUUUGAUGCCUCACACUACGACAGUGAGAAAGGAGAAUUUGGAGGUUUUGGCUCAGUUAGUGGAAAAAUUGAAAUAGAAAUCAAGAUCAACCAUGAAGGAGAAGUAAACCGGGCACGUUAUAUGCCCCAGAACCCUUGCAUCAUUGCAACAAAGACUCCAUCCAGUGAUGUUCUUGUUUUUGACUAUACAAAGCAUCCUUCCAAACCAGACCCUUCUGGAGAGUGCAACCCAGACUUGCGUCUGCAUGGACAUCAGAAGGAAGGCUGUGGACUUUCUUGGAAUGCCACCUACUUUCCCCAUAGUUCCUGGACCCGUAUAUUCUACCUGUUGGGGACACAGUACCAUCUAACAGUUAAAGGUUUAGGGUGGCAUCUCAACCUCAAGGCGUAUCAUCGCCUAGCUGGAGCCUCAGCUAUGUCUUUAAGAGGCCAUUCUACCCUUCUGUCAUGCCAGUGA